AUUUCCAUUUUAGGCAGUAUCAAAACAAAGUUGAUCCUUUUCUCCUCAUUUGUUUGACCUUGCCUCUCCUUGUAUGCUUCAUCUUGCCGUUUGAAAAAAAAAUCGUUCCUUUUCUUAUUCCGUUUCCUCUUUCGUUAAUAAUAAAACAUCACACAGAAACAACUUCACAUGAAUCCUCAAACCCCAUCAAUUCUUAACGCUAUCAAAAACAAUAACGAUUCAAUGCUUGCACUUGCACGGUCGGUCGGCUCCUUGACAAGGGAAGUUGAUGUCACAGGCGGCUUCUACCAAAAAUCAUUUUUAAACGCUAUCAGACAUUAUCAAGCGCUCCACAAGAGCAAACAUGUGUUUUUUCAGAAUAAAGGUUGCGUUGCCGUCGACAUCAAACACAGACGACUGUUCAAGGCUCCUAGUGUAAUAGUCGGAAGACGAAGACGCGUCGCAACUGCCCAGUGUGUUGCUCUCUUUAAGCCAAGAGAGACUACAUCACGCAAACGCGCCCGUUCAUGCGAUGGAUCUGCUAAUGACUUCACUGACAGCACCAGUGUUGCUCGCGUCGGUGCUCGUUAUGCUCGUGGUGUUCGCUGUUGCGGUCGUGUUGGCAACUAA